UGUAAUUGAUCGACAAAAUGUCACCAAUAUGUGUGCUGUUGUUAAUGAGAAAACUGUAGCAGCCCUUAAAAUUUGUGAUUUUAAAGAGACAAGCGAGUUCCUUGAAAGAAUAUUAUUGAUAUGGAAUUACCUUAAUAUUAAACAAGAAGGUAUGGACAUACGUUUAAAUGAUCCAAAUAGAGCUUCAUACAAAAAUGUAAAUGAUAAACGACUUCAAGAGAUUUUGACAUUUGCUGAAGCUGUUGCAAAAAUGCCAGGAGGAAAGGGCUGGAAGCAGAACAAAUCAUUCACUAGUGAAACGAAAAUUUCUUUGUCGAAUAUGCUUUACGGAAUUGUAGAUUUAAUCCGAAAAUUGCUGAAUGAAGAUCAUCAAUAUGUUCUUUCCGGAAUAUUUCAGACAGAUCGGUUAGAAGGAGAAUUUGGAAUAUACAGGCAACUUUGUGGAGGCAGUUAUCAUGUUUCGGUUGAAGAAGUUAAAAAUAGUCUUCGUUUACAACGCCUGAAGUUGUUUAGUAAAUUGGAUGCUAUGGGUGUACCUAUUUCUCAAUGCUCAAUUAUUCAAUCAGAGUGUUGUCAAUUAGAUCUGAAUGAGGAUGACAUUAGUUAUCUUGAUACAUCUGUCUCUUCAGUUGAUGCAAUUUCUGAAGAAGAAAAUGCUGCCCUAUAUUACAUUUCGGGUUAUGUCCAGCAUAAAUUUUUACCAAGUAUAUCCGUAUCUGGUACCUUUGUUACCAAUGCAUCUGAGUUUACUGAGUUAGUAUCUCGUGGUCGACUAUGUCACCCUACUGAGGAUCUAUUUAAAUAUGUCAGAUAUGCGUAUUCUCUUUUUAUUUUAUUACCUAAUGCAGAGAUGCGGUUCCAGUGCGUUAGAUACAUUUCUAAACUUUUUAUAUAUUUCUAUACAGCUUUACCUUUCGAUUUACAAGCAUUACCAAUCAACACAGUUGUUUCCACCAUUUUGAAUUGUUUUUUCAAGGGUCUAACGAAAUUGAAUGAAUCGUCAGACAAAGUUUCUUUAAAUAUUGAAGACCGCAAAGUUAAAAAGUUUUGCAAAUAAAUCAAACAACACGCAAUAUGUGGUUAAAAUGGUUAUUUUUUAAAAUUGUUAACAUUGUUUUAACACAGAAGUUAGAUCAUU